GGCAGUCGGCCGGCAGGAGUCCCCCGCAAACGCAGCCGCCGAUGAGUUCAUCGAUCCCUUCUCGUCCCCUCCGCCGCGCCCCUUGAUGUUAACGCCCCAGCUAACCCCAAUUUCCCAAUAAUCGCAGCCCACGCGGCCGCACUCGCCCCAAAAGCCCCAAACCCGAGAGACAACACCCUCAACCCAACCCCAAAAUGUCCGACCAAUCCGCCGCCGCCGCCGCCGCCGCGGGCGACGACGGCAUCUUCACCCGGUGCCUGCUGGCGCUCUACAUCCUGAGCCCGGUCACCGUGUUCCUGCUCCGCUUCCUCUCCGCGCCCUACGGCAAGCUCUCGCGCCCGGGGUGGGGGCCGGCCAUGCCGGCCCCGACCGCCUGGUGCCUCAUGGAGAGCCCCACCCUCUGGCUCCCGCCCCUCAUCACCCCGCUCCCCCUCCUCCUCGCCGCCGCCCCGCUCGCCUUGCUGCCACCCACCCUCUUCGCGCUCCACUACCUCCAGCGCACCUUCCUCCACCCGCUCCGCCUCGUCCAGCUCCGCCGCCCCCCGGCGCCCUUCCCCUUCUUCAUCGCCCUCUGCGGCUUCAGCUUCAACAUCCUCAACGCUUACGUGCAGGCCCGCUCCUGGACCCUCCACUCCGCCGCCCCAGCCUCCCCCUUCGCGCUCGCCCGCUGCCUCGCCGGGGUGGCCCUCUUCGCGUGGGGGAUGCGGGUCAACGUCGCCGCCGACAGGCACCUGCUGCGGCUCAAGGAGGCCGGCGGCGGGUACAGGGUCCCCAGGGGUGGAUGGUUCGACAAGGUCACCUGCCCCAACUACUUCGGCGAGAUCGUCGAGUGGCUCGGCUACUGCCUUGUGGCGUGGUCGCCGGCGGCGUGGGGCUUCUUCCUCUACACCUGCGCCAACCUCAUGCCCAGGGCCAGGGAUCACCGCCAGUGGUACCUGAACAAGUUCGGCGAAGAGUACCCGGCGGAGCGCAAGGCCGUCAUCCCAUACAUCUACUAGCCCUGGCUCCUCCGUAACUUCAAAAUGGUGUGGCUGAGGAGAGCUGUGAUCCUCCUGUUCCUGACUAGCUAGUGCCUGCUUGUAAUGAUGGUGUGGGGUAUUAUUACCUGAUUCCUUUCCUUUCGAGAUUUUGAAUAUGAUUGGGAGCAGAACUCAAGUGCUGA